UCGGAACUCAUUCCAGAGUGGUUCAUCCCCUGGUACGAGUUGAUCGUUGACGAGUGGAAUUGUCUGGGCGAAGGAGGCUUUGGGAGCGUGCACCGAGCGAAGUGGCUGGACUCGGAGGUGGUGGUGAAACGAGUGACUUUGCCAGGGUCGGCUCUCGAGAUGUUCCGUCGCGAAGUCGGCAUUUGGUUCGGCUUCAGCCAUCCCCAUGUCAUUCGGCUCUUCGGGGCCUGUCACGUCGGACGACCGUUCUUCGUCUGCGAGUACGCUACCAACGGGACGUUGGUGAACUACUUGCGAAAACAUCCUGGCGAGCUGUGGUCGAAGCUGCAUGAGGCUGCGCUAGGAGUUCAGUACCUCCACGCACGCGGAGUGGUGCACGGAGACCUAAAAGGGAACAAUAUCGUGAUCGGCAGCGAUUUCAAAGCAAAAGUGACGGACUUCGGUCUCAGCUCUGCCGCUAACAGCGAAUACUCGGCUCCGAUUUCAGGUGCGUGGCAUUGGGUGGCCCCCGAGUGUUUUUCGGCCAGCAACGCAGGAGAAGCCCAGCGACAAGCGAACCCAACCAUCGCGUCGGAUGUCUAUUCUCUCGGUAUGUGCAUCGUGGAAGUCAUGCGGGUCGUGGAGGCACUAAACGCUAGCGAAGACUCUGGCCUUUGCCUUCCGUGGCGUGUUGCGGACCGAUACGCGGUGAGACACCAUGCUACUCACGGCAAGCUACCUGGGCGACCUACGUGUAGCGACAGUCAAUGGGAAUUGGUUGAGCAAAUGUGUGCGUUCGAGCCGCAGAAGCGGCUGAAGAUAUCGACGGUGGUGGACAAGCUGGCCAUGCUGGCAAACUCU